CCCCCCUGCCCCCAGCCCCAGACCCGGACUCUGAGCCUGACCCGCGCUACAGUCAGGAGGAGCAGUAUGUAAGCGAGGGAGAAGUGAGCGAGUUUCCCACACACUCAGCGCCACCCAUCUGUAGGGACGCUGAGACCAUCACGGAUGUGUGUAACAGCACUGACCUACCGGAGUUUGAGAUCAUCAGUCUUCUGGAGGAGCAGCUCCCGGUCUACCGGUUGCGGGCUGACACGGUCUACGGUUAUGACCAAGAUGACUGGCUGCACACCCCGGUCCUCCCACCAGACACCAGUGUCGACUUGACGACCGAACAGAUUGAGGAGACUCUCAAAUACUUCUUGCUAUGUGCAGACAGAGUGGGCCAGAUGACGAAAACCUACAAUGACAUUGAUGCUGUCACACGUCUGCUGGAGGAGAAAGAGCGAGAUUUGGAGUUGGCUGCCAGGAUUGGCCAGUCACUGCUGAAAAAGAACAGAACACUGACUGAGCAGAAUGACUACCUGGAAGAACAAGUGGGGCACAUCACUGAGGAGGUGGCCCAGCUGCACCACGAGCUGAACCUGAAGGAUGAGCUGCUGCAGUUUUACACCAACGCAGCCGAGGAGAGCGAGGAGGAGUCCUCCUCCAGCGCUUCCCCAACGGGUAAAAAGAGUAAAGUGGGGAGCGCCUUGGGAGGCUUCGGGACCGACACACUCCAGAGGAAACUCAAAGAGCUGGAAGAGGAGAAUCUCUCACUCCGCUCAGAGGCCAACCAUCUGAAGACUGAGACUGAAACGUAUGAGGAGAAGGAACAGCAGCUGGUCAAUGACUGUGUUAAGGAACUUAGGUUGUCCAGUCUCCAGAUUUCCACUAUAGCCGAAGAGCUGGCUCGUAAGACUGAGGAUGCUGCGAGACAGCAGGAGGAGAUCACUCAUCUCCUCUCUCAGAUAGUAGACUUGCAGAAGAAAACCAAAUCUUAUGCAGUGGAGAAUGAGGAGCUAUCACAACACCUACUAGCAGCUAAAGAUGCCCAGAGACAGCUCACAGCCGAGCUUCAGGAGUUGGAGGAGAAGUACUCAGAGUGUAUAGAGAUGCUCCAUGAGGCCCAGGAGGAGCUGAAGAACCUUAGGAACAGAAACUACCCAGCAGGCACACCUCGACGCUUCCAUCCCAUGGGACUAUACCCUAUGGACUCCUUGGCAGCUGAGAUUGAGGGGACCAUGAGGAAGGAGCUGAGUCUGGAGGACCCGGAGUGUGAAGAACAAAAGGUCCACCAUAAACGUGUGUUUGAGACGGUGAAGAACAUCAACCAGACAGCCAGAAAGCGCACGCUGAUCCCAUCCAACGCCAACAUCCCAGGCUCCAAUCAGUCCCUGUCGUCCCGCACCUCACCUCAGUCCAGUGGCCUGACCUCACCCCACUCCAGCCUGUAUGGAGGUGACAGUGGCGUGGAUGACGUCACCCUUGACAACCGCACUCAGAGCAUCCUUAUGGAGACAGCGUCCAAUCGGAACAGCAGCAGCGACGGACGUGAGAAGAAGGCCGGUGGGGCAGAGGACCUCAGGCUGGCCCUGCGCCGCCUGUCUCUGCGCCGGCAAAACAACCUCAGCGAGCGCCGCUUCUUUGAGGAGGAGAGGGAGCGGUGGAGAGGGCGUGGUGGGCUCCAGGACGGCCUGGCGUUGGCCGAGGGAGGCGGGCUGACCCCGUCCGACAGCAUCAUGUCCCUGGGGAGCAUCCACCUGUUGGCCUCGCGUGGGCCCUACCUCCCCGACAAGCUGCAGAUCGUCAAGCCACUGGAAGGCUCUGUCACCUUGCAUCAUUGGCAGCAGUUAGCCCAGCCCCAUCUGGGUGUGAUCCUGGAUGCCAGGCCGGGAGUUGUGCCCAAAGGCUACAGACCCUUGGAACUGGAGCUAGAGCAGGUUUACCAGUGGGGCGGCCUCGAGGAGGAUGAACCAGGAGACCAAUACUUCCAGAGCCUGCCUACCUCCUCGGCUACUGCUUCCCCGGCCGUGCCCUCCACCUCCAGUACAAGCACCCCCAUCCCAGGACAGACACAGUCCAGCCUUGCACCAUCUUCUCCCCUUUCCCCCUCACCAUCCCCACAUCUCAGCAACACCGACGCCUUGGCUGCCUACUACCCAGGUAAAUGCAUGGCCCACACCAGCUCCACCUACACGUUUACUACCUGUCGGAUCCUCCAUCCCACCGACGAGCAGACCCGUGUCACACCGAGUCUCAACCCGGGCCCAGCAUCGUCGUCCUGUGUGAUGACCAGCACCCUGUUGGCUACACCUGCCGCCACCCCCCGACGAGUCAGCCUCAGGCCCUCCGAAUCCUCAACUAACCUCAGAGAUGCCACGCGCACCACCAGCACCUCCCUGGGGUUAGUACGCCUCCUCCAGGAGAGGGGGAUCUCAGCAGCCAUGUAUCACCAGAGCCAGGGAUUCGAACACAGUCAGGGCAGGGGCGGGGUCUUAUUCAGCACCUCCAUCACCCCUCAGAGAACACCCCACCCUGACCCCAUGCGCUCCUGUACCCCUCCUAACUCCCCUACACUACUGGGAAGCUCGGCUGCGCCCCUCAGAGGAAGUGCAGAAACUCCUGCUGGCUUCGACUUCAAGAGCCCCUCCUAUGACAACUUCCUGGCCUCGAAGCCGGCGCGCUCCAUUCUGAAGGAGGUGACGGGGGGAAUGAGGGGCAGGCAGAAAGCCAGGGACUGUGAAAGUCAGACUGACGUGAGUGUGACCGUCCAUAACCUCAACCUGGUUGACAAGGUGAAACGGCUUGGCGUGGCAGGAGCACCGGGGGGCGCCAGAGCUACCAGCCCUGGCCCCAUCCUGGGGCCUCUGGGCGGGCUCCGUAGAUCAGGCUCUCCUUUCGGUCCCGACGGAAUGAGGAGGAACAGAAGUUAUCCGGCGAUGGUUGGGGCCAGUAUGGCCAUGAAGGGCCCGGGGCCCCAAGAGGAGUCAGAACUGCUGCUGGCCGCCAGGUUACCCAAGCAGGGCAGCCUUAAGUAGGGCAUAGAUAGGGCUGAGGGCUGGCUGUUGAGCAGUCACCUUGAAGCCAAACACUGACAAAUUCAUACUGUAUGAGCUGCUGCAGCCACCAUAGCACUACUGAACAUCUGCCAAUCCCUGCUGUCAUCCCUCACCCACUACCAUGCUAGACACUCCCAAGUGCUCCUGCUAAAAGCGACUGAAUAGCAAAAAAAAUCGAAUAGGCAUUUUGAGAUACUAGUCUGGUAAUAUUCAAAGGAUAAAGCAUCAAUGCUGCUAGCAUCCACCCCUCUAAACUCAGAUCCCUUCUCUCAAGACGAAUUCUGCUGGCUAAAUGUGGUACUCUCCCUCUCUCUUGUCAGAAAUACACAACUAAACCCAUACAAAUGGAAAUACACACAGAGAAACACACACACACAGAUACACUAUCAUAUUUGCUGUCGGACUUGUUGGCAGUACUGAGUUGCCAUAGCACUUUACGUUUCUUUCCUCUUCACCGUUUCAUUGGAUUAAGGAACAAUUGAGCUCUGUGUUUUGUAAAUUAAAAACAUUUUUACACCUAAUAGAUGAGAAUAUGUCAGCCUUCCUCUACUCUCGUUCCUCUCUUUCCUUCUCGCAGUCUCCCUCCCCUGCACACAUUCUCUCCCUCCUGCCUGUUAAAUCUUUCCUAAUGGACACAGGAGUCAAGUCGCUUUCGAGAAAUUGUUCAACUGACUUUCUGUCAGUAUUCGAGAUGCUUCUGCUUAGUUUUCUAAUUGGCCAUUAGAAGGCGAGGUUGGCGGUGUCUCCAUCAGGCGAGAGAGAUCAAUACACUGUAGCCACAGGAAAGGAAGGAUAGUGGAGUGAAGGACAGAAAGAGGGAUGAGCAAAGUGAUCGCGGCCAAUCAGCCACGGUGGUCGGAAGCGUUCUCUGUGUUUUGGUUUUGUUGGUGAGUUGAAGAAAUAUAGUGCCUAGUGAAUUGAAGCAAUAUAGUGCAAUCUCGGUUUUAUUGUGUUGGCAAUGUACGUUCCACAGAUAUUGGAUUGGGAUGGGAAAAGGCUGCUUGGUUUCCAUUAAGGGACGUGUCAAAGCCCUUUGUUAACUCAUACUGUGAUUAUGUGUUUAUUUAUUUUGUAAAUCCUGUCUUUUAAAUCUAUUUUUCGUGAAGGUUGUUGUGUGUUAUGCCACAUGCCCUCACUAUAUAGACAACUGUUUAUUGCCAUCGGAUUGCACAGUAAUGACAAAGUUAGAAAUGAAUUCACUUAAGACAGGUUAUGUGUUGUGCAUAUGCAAUAACCAUACAUUAACUGUAGCAAAGGGUGAGCAUGCGAUUUGGCUGUUAAAUUUUUUUCCCCUUUUCCAAAUAAA